AUGAGUGAUGAAGAUGAAAAAAUAUACAUUUACUCAGAUUUAUUUUCUAAAAAUUUUAGUGAAGAUGAAAAAGAUAGAACAUUUCAUAAAGAAAAAAAAGUUUAUAGUUCUAAUGAAUUGAAGAAUGGAGAAAAUGAAUAUUCUAAACUUAGAGCUGAAAAUUCUACAAUAUUAAAUGAUUAUUUUGAAAAUGAAAAUAUUAAAAAUUUAAAUGAGGGUAAUAUUAAUAGUAAUGAAAAAAAUGAUGUUAUAUUGUUUCCAAUAAAUAAAAAUUAUUCAAUGAAUAUAUUCGACGGACAAUUAGUAGAAAAUAAGCAUUCUGUAAAAUUAACAAAGUCUGGAUUUUAUUCAAUUUUUAUAGAAAAUAAUAAUAAUAGUAAAUGGGAUAGUAUUUAUUUUGGAUUAUCAAAAAUUCAAGUAGAGUUAAAUUAUAAAUUGAUGAUUAAGAAGGAUAUGAUAGAAAAAGAAUGUGAAGAAAAUAAUCAAAAUGAUAAUACGACUGUAAAUGAUGAAAAAGAAGAAAAUUAUAAUUUAGAAAAAAAAUUCAUGAAUUCAUUUUCCAAUUUAAAUAAUGAAAUAAACGAAGUGUGCAAAUAUAAUUUAGACCAAACUGAAAUAUUAUUAGAAGAUAAUUCAGAAAAAAGAAAAAAUGAUAAAUUUAAAGCAAAAAAUACUAACUAUUAUGAUAAUUUAAUAUUGAAAAAUAAAUAUGCUUCUAUUUUAUUUGAUACAAACAAUAAUAGUCCUGAAACGUACACUUGUUCUUUCAAGACAGAGGAUCAAAUAAGAGUUCCAUCAAAAAGGAAAAAAAAUGUUUAUUUAUAUAAUAAGGAAGAAAAUACUAUAUUAGAAUUAACUGUUCGUACAUAUAUGUCAUUAGGAAUGAGUGUGUUAUGUAAAUAUGGUUUAUUAUACUGUGGUAAAUAUAAUCAAAUUCCUCGAGAUCCAUAUGUACCCUUUAAAAAACCGGUUUCAAUUUUAUCAUUAGAUGGUGGUGGAAUAUUAACUAUAUCAACCUUAUUAGUGCUAAAUAGAUUAGAAAUUGAAAUAAGAAAAGAAAUAGGUAGUGACGAUAUUAAUUUAAUUGAUUGUUUUGAUAUGGUAUGUGGAACAAGUGCAGGAGGAUUGAUAAGUUUAGCUUUACUAAGAGAAAUAGGAGUGCAAGAUGUUACAAAUCUUUGGCCAAGUACGAUGAAAAAAGUAUUCGAAGGUAACAGGAAUCUUAUUUCAGGAAUCUUGUUUGAAGGAUAUGAUAUAAAUAGAGUUAAAAAUGUUUUAAUGGAACGGAUAGGAAAUAAAUUUAUAUCUUCUUAUAAAAAAUUAUAUUGUUUUGUAACUGCAACAGAUGUUAAACAUAAACCAUAUAAAUUAUUUUUAAUAAGAAAUUAUACUCAUAAAUAUAACUCUAUAAAUGGAGAAUCAUAUGAUGGUAUUAAUAAAGUGCCAUUAUGGCUAGCUGCUUGGGCAACCGCUUCGGCUCCUACAUAUUUAAAAGGUCCUAGUGCAGAUGAUAUAAAAAAAUUGGGUAUUAAAGUUAAACCAGAAAUACAUUUAGUUGAUGGAGCUUUAAAAGCUAGUAAUCCUGCUUUAAUUGCAUUAGAAGAGUGUGCAAGAUUAAAUAAUAAAAACUUAUCAACUUUUAUAAAAGAAGAUUUGGAUACUUUAGUUUCUAUUGGAACCGGUCAAUUACCAACAAAAUUAACACAAUCAGCUUCAAGCAGUAAAUCAGCAUCCACUUUUGAAAUUUUAAUUAACUCUACUCAUUUAUUAACAAGAGCAAAUGAUACACACAGAGAAGUUUUACAAUGGUUAGCUGAUAGAGAAAAUACAUACUUUAGAUUUAAUGUACCAAAUAUAGGAGAUAUAGAUAUAGACAGCCAAGAUAUCAAAGAUUUUGAUUUAAUUGCUAAAGCAACACAAGAUUAUUUGUUUGAUGAAAAAUAUUAUGAGAUUAAAAGAUUAGCUAAUAAGCUAGCCAAUAAUUAUAUACGUUCAAAAUAUCUGUAA